CACCUCAAAAACCUGAAUAAGAUAAACACACUCUCGGCCAAGAACAACAAUUAGGUGAUGGGCCUAAUAAUCUAUGAGUUCAUGCGGGUUGCUGCCUUCCGUUGCCUCUAGUUGUUCCAUCGCCUGCCACUGCUCUCCAUAGUCCAUACGUCGUCUGUUGCUGCUCUUCGUCCAGGCACCGUUUCGCUGCAGAAGUCUCGGUUCAGCGAGAACGAGAAACGGCUAACGAGUUGCGAAUUAAACGAGUCCGGGCGGCCGGCGAAGCUGAGAAGAAGGUUAUAGCUAUAGCGGUCGGCGGUCUCAAUUGCUCAAUCGCUCAAAUCUGAAAUCUCAACUCCUCCAGCUUCAAUACGACAAUACCACAACUCCCAAGAAUCAAGUGAGUUAAGGUCAAGUAAUUAAGGUAAAACAACUCUAUGCUGGUGUAGGGGAAGGAAGCCUGACUGGAGCGGACUAAGCUUUGCAAAUCAGCUAGCCAAGGAGCAGAUUGAGUGGUUGAAACUUGAAAGUGGAGCUCUUCUACCCAUCUGCUGUCUCAUCUUCACAACUCCUCGGCAAGCAUCAGAAGUCGGCAAUUCGACAGAGGUCAAUGUUGUGUGCUGUAUACCCUCCUACAUGUUGCAAAAUAACCUACCCCAGACAUCCCAUUUUUUAUCCAAGGAAUUUAGCUCAAGUGAGGAUGCGAGCAUCACUGGCUUCACCGCUAGAGCCAAAUCAAAUCAAGGUUGAGUACACACCGUGGUUGAUUGUGGGGUUGGGUAACCCUGGUAGCAAAUACCAUGGAACACGUCACAAUGUUGGUUUCGAAAUGAUUGAUCAGAUUUCUCAAGAAGAAGGCAUUUUGUUGAACACACUGCAAUCGAAGGCAUUGAUAGGAAUUGGUUCGAUUGGAGAGGUGCCCAUCAUAUUAGCCAAACCUCAGACUUACAUGAAUUUUAGUGGAGAAUCGGUUGGACCACUAGCUACAUUUUAUCAAGUGCCAUUGCGGCAUAUCAUACUGGUUCAUGAUGAGUUGAGUUUACCAAAUGGGGUACUGAGGCUUAAGCCUAAACGUGGCCAUGGCCUUCACAAUGGGGUGAAAAGUGUAAUGGAGCAUCUGGAUGGUUGCCAUCAAUUCCCACGACUUUGCAUUGGGAUCGGGAACCCUCCAGGAAAAAUGGAUAUGAAGGCGUUUUUACUCCAGAAAUUUAGUGAAACGGAACGGGAACAGGUGAACACUGCACUGAGUGAAGGGGUUCAGGCAGUGAGAUUACUAGUGCUGGAAGGAAAUGGUAGCAAAUUAAGCAGAUUUAACGUAGGGCAGAAAUUUAAGUAUCACAAAGUUUGAUGCAUUGUAAUGUGUCUGCUGCCAUCAUCUUUGGAGCAAGAAGCCUGAGUUAUUCCAUCAUGGAUUAUGGCUUCAAUUUUUUUAAUGUGUCAAACAAUAAUUUGUAUUUAUUUAGAGUUCAUUUGGUAAUAUUGAAAUUGGUUGAAUCAGCUGAGAGGUUGACGAAGUUAUUAUUGAAGCGAUUGAGUCUGUUGAAUGAUGGAGA